AUGCAGGAUGAUAAUCUCUAUCGGGAUUUUGAUUCUGUAAAAGAUGCCUUUCUUCAACUGGUUGAGGCCGAUAAACAUCCGUUGAAAUGUUCGGAUUAUGACAUUGCACUUUGUGGUUCCUGUGAUGGCUUAAUCUGUUUGCAAAAUAUCAAUGGCAUUGUAGUUAUAUGGAAUCCAUCAACAAGAAAGUCUAUACUAUUGCCUUACCCAAAGAUUAAGAUUGCAAAUUUGUCUACCGAUCGCAAAUGUGGUAGUUAUAGAUUUGGUUACGAUAACAUUAAUGACGAUUACAAGGUAGUUAGAAUUAUAGUCCUUCUAGAUGUUAAAGGAGACGUCAUCGAUUAUGAGGUUAUAGUUUAUAGUUUGAAAUCAAAUUCCUGGAAUAGAUAUGAGAAGUUUCUUCACUAUCCGGACAUGUACAAAACUGGGAAUUCAAUAGUCCAUGGAGCUCUGCACUGGAUUUCAGCCGUGGAAUCGGAUUCAGAAAAGGAAAGCUACAUUGUUGCAUUUGAUCUCAGAAUAGAGAAAUACAGAGUUAUUCAACAUCCAGAUUAUCGCGCUUAUGGAUUUGAUUACGAUAACAUGAAUGGCGAUGACAAGGUGAUGAUACUUGUGGUGAUUCUAGACGUUAGAGGAGACCUCGUUAAUCAUGAGGUUAAGGUUUAUAGUUUAAAAUCAAAUUUAUGGCAUGGUCCCAUGUUAGAAUGUAUUGAAAAUUCCAUAGUUGAUGGAGCUAUGCAGAGGAUAUCGUUACACGAAUCUUUGAUAGUUGCCUUUGAUUUCGUAACAGAUAAAUAA